AUGAGUACUACAACGGCUGGUCUGGAUUUCACAAACUUUCACAACAUCAUCAAUGGAGAACUGAUCUCCACUGCUGUGACUCAGAAUGGCAUUAACCCGGCCAACAAAAAGCCAAACUCCCCGGUCCCUGUUGCGAGUCACGCCGACCUUGACAAGGCUGUCACAGCGGCUCAAGUUGCCUUCGAACAGUGGUCACGAUAUCCACUCGAAGAUAGACGUAGAGCUCUCUUUGCGUACUCGGAUGCACUUAACGCCGAGAAGGAAGCGUUCACCAGUCUGCUCACAAAAGAACAAGGCAAACCUCUCUCCCAAGCGGCUGUUGAAGUCGACAUGGCGGUAGCAUGGAUCAAGGGUCUGGCGAGCUUGGAGCUGCCCGAGGUCGUGCUUGAAGAUACACCUGAACGAAAGAUUGUUCAGCGAUUCACUCCGAUCGGUGUGUCGGCCGCAAUUGUACCGUGGAACUUUCCAGUGCUCCUGGCUAUUGGGAAAAUUGUAUCGGCACUGAUCACCGGUAACAGUAUUAUUGUUAAGCCGUCUCCUUUUACUCCAUAUACGGCCCUCAAAUUAGCUGAAUUGGCAAUCCCCUUCUUCCCUAAGGGUCUUUUCCAAGCUCUCAGCGGGGAUGACCAACUCGGCCCCUGGAUUACUAUGCACCCGGGAAUCCGAAAGAUCAGCUUCACCGGCUCGACAUUGACGGGGAAACGAGUUAGUGCCGCGUGUGCCCAGAAUCUCAAGCGAUGUACCCUCGAGCUAGGAGGCAACGAUGCCGCUAUCGUAUGCGAAGAUGUGGAUCUUGACGCCUUGAUUCCGAAGAUCGCCCCACUCUGUUUUCUGAACUCUAGUCAGGUGUGCAUGAUGAUUAAACGCGUCUAUGUGCAUGAGAGUAUCUAUGAGUUAUUCCGAGACAGACUUGUCGCCCAUGUCAAAACUCUGCCAGUCGGCGACGGAGCCCAGCCAGAUGUGUUUUUCGGGCCGCUUCAGAAUGAGAUGCAAUACCACAAAGCUUUGGAUUUGCUCAACUCCAUCUCUACGGAAGGACUUCGUCUAGCGCUCGGGGGCACAGUCAAUGAGUCGGGUGGAUACUUUAUUCAUCCGACGAUUAUCGACAACCCCCCCCGAUACCGCCCGUGUCGUCGUCGAAGAACCGAAGAGGUCAUCGCCCGCGCGAAUGCCGGUCCGACCGGCCUUGGCGGUUCGGUCUGGGGUAGAGAUCUCAACCGAGCCCAGCGUCUCGCAGCUCGCCUCGAGUGCGGCUCUAUCUGGGUAAAUUCUCACUUCGCCGUCGCGCCCCAUGUCCCAUUUGGCGGUUGCAAGGAAAGCGGGACCGGUGUUGAAUGGGGAGUGGAUGGACUUAAGGCCUACUGCAAUUCCCAGACCGUUUGGGUUUUCAAAAAUGACUGA